AUGCAUGUCUCUUUCUCUCCUACUCACACCGCCGCUGACGAACCCUAUGCGAAUGGGACCUCCUCGAGCCCAUCUUUGCCACCUUCAAUGCGCAUUGUAGUUGUUGCCGCCGCCGCCGCCGCUGCUGCUGCUGCACUGCUCACAGUGCCUGCCACAAGCGUCACUCAAUACGACGCGGCGGCACAUGCCUUGACAAGUAAUGGGGAUGGUGGUAGCAGCGGGUCACACACCCUCACCAACACUGGCGUAGGUAUCGUUGAUGUGCUCCUCGUUGUCGCUUGCACGCUGAUGCUGGUCACAAUUGCGCUAUUAAUCGUUGUUAUUCGCUUACUCAAGCACGUCGCAGCUGCUGCUGCAGCCCUAGGGAGCAGUGCGCCGGACAUCCGCCGCAACGACCUUCGUGCUGAAGUGCCCGUGGCGUACAGAAGUGUCGGCCUUGACGACGAUGAGAACAACAAUGCGGCCUUGCACGGCAAUAACCGUGACAGUCGUACGCAACGGGUGGAGUACGCUGAGGAGCAGCAGUCUCUGCUGCAUCGUGCACGUAGCCGUGGCGGCAGAACUGAACGUCACCACCACCGUUCUACUAGUCCCCGACACCAGGAGACUGGUCAAAACACAAUCUUGGGCUUGUUUGACGCGCUCAGCAUCCGUCUAGGUCUCUCCCCAACGGCCGCCAUUGAGGACGCUACCAGCUGUGGAAAGACAGCGGCACCGCGAAGCCGAUCAAGAAGCUAUCGAGCGGUGGACUCCGCAGUACCCAGUCUCGGGAGUUGCUCAGCGGCGCGCGGCUCGCCAGAGCUGCAGUGCCAUGCUAGUCUUUGCACCGACCCUGACGCAUUCGCCACAGUCAAGGACGAGACGGACGCCUUUCACGCGGCGCCGCAGUCCACUUGGCACAACAGCAGCUCUCUGAACCAGAGCGGUGCGGCGCGCAAGCGUGAGGAAAGUGCUGUCGCACAGGUGCCCCCACCUUCAGAACCCUCGCUUCCGCCAGCCGUAGUAGCAGCUGAAACCUCAAACGAAAGGAAGACAGCAACGCCUGCGGCUGCCAAUCACGGCGGCACCUCACCCAGCGACGACGCUCGAAUGCCAGUCUUUACUGCGACGACUCAGAAGGAUAUGGCGGUAUACAAUACCAUACGCCACUCGCGCUACCGCCUGCUGCAACGCAUAGGCCUGGGCGCCUUCUCCUCUGUCUACCUGGUUCAGCACAAGGACACUGAGAAGAAGUACGCCCUCAAGUACAUCCUGUGCAAGGGUGACCGUGAGCGACGAGCGGCGCUGCGCGAGUGCGAGGCGAUCAACUGCCUGCAAGGCCACCCGCAGGUGAUCCGUUUGGUGGACAUGUUUAUGAACUACCAAUUUCAAAGCGCGCCAACGUCGCCCAGGGCCGCAGACUCCCCUGCCAUUCCAGCGACUCUCUCUGGUCGUAGAGAACAGGCCACGGGUGAGCAGAGUUCGCGACCGCGUUCGACCGCCCAACCGCGCGCGCCGGCAGCAAUCGCGCCCUCAGUUUCUCCAGCGGCGGCGGCGGCGCAGAGUCUGUGGUCUCGUCCAUCAUCGUCCGCGGCGCCGUCGCAUGGAGAGGCAACAGCGAUCACCGCCGUUGCGAAUGCACACAGUCGGCACCGGGCACCAGACCCCGCUGCUUCAGCAGGCACAACCACCAUGCUGGUCGCGGCGCGACUCAAGGAACUGAGCGACGCCGACAUGGCGAAGUCGGCGAGCUUGACUCGCUUUGAUGGCGUGGAGGUGACGGCGACACCGCAGGCACCCAUUCGCGCGGUGGCGAUGGAGAGAUCCACUGAACACCACCCCGCAGCGCAUGAUGAAGAGGAGGAUGACAAUGUUGAUUACAGCCACGUGGAUACCGCUGCAGAAGAUGAACGCCAGCUGCAGGGGGCACUGAGCUAUCGGUAUCGCAGCCCGCACAGCACUGCAGCUCGUGGCUACGGCAGCGGGAACGGUGACGAGGAUGACGAGGAGCGCCGGUGCGUCAUACAUGGCGUGCGUCCAUCCGUCAAAGGAGCCGCCUAUGGUGCCUACAUGGCCAACGCUGACCACGCCAGUGACAGGAGAAACGCAGUCAGUACCUUCGGCGACCGCCUAGCAAGUAUCGAGGCUAGAGAUGGUGAGGAGCUCCCGCAGUUGAUUUUCAGCGCCGCUGACCGGGAGCAGCCACAACCACAAGGCAAGCAGUCCAUGCGGACGUCCUCCUCGCACGACCGGUGUCCGCUUCACAGCGUGCAGCGCACGAGUCAAAGUGGCAAUAAUGUGCAUCUUCCUGGCGCUGACGCUGCAACGUCGACAACACCGAAGGCCGACUCGUCCUCUUCUGUGUUCGCUGGAAGCGCUCACGUACUGGCGCCGCUGUACGCCGCUGCCGGUGGGGGUACUCGAGGAUGCGGGCACCCGCCUUUGCAGUCCACCUCUCACCCAUUAACGGAGGCGUCCCCCACAGCGUCGACGGCUACUCGUACUGCCUCCACCGAUGCAUCGUUGCCUGCUCGCAGCGAAGCGCAUGCCGGCCAGUCCCGCUCGUGCGGUCACGCGACUGGCGCGCCAGGUGCGGUAGUUCACAACGCGAGCAACCCGACCGCCACGAUCGAUGUUUCGGUUGGCUGCUGCACGGUGGAGGGCAUGGCCAUCACCGCGACGACGACACACAACUGCCUUCCAUCGACGGCAUGCAACGCUACUUUAAGCCGAAUCAGCGGCGCCAGUGAUGAGCAUGGCACACUGGAGUACUGCGACGGUGGCCAUGGUAUGCGCAGCAGCAGUGGCGGCACGAGAAGAAGUAAAACAAUACAGAGCGCGACCAGAGAGGUGCCAGAGCCAACGUCGCAGUCGAGCCGCGUGUCGCUGGAAGACUGCGACGUUGACGGAGUUGAUGAUGGCCGCGCCAAUGCUCAUGUGGGUAGUGAGAAGCGGCGGACAGACCGACGCUGUGAUGCCGACGCAGAGGAAACGCGAAGCUGCAAACACAAUGACGCGUGCUCUAGUGCUACCAGCUCCAGCGGUACCCAAGAAGAGCCCAUCCAGCCGAUCCACCGCAUUCUCAUGCCACUGCAGUCCCUGCAUCAGCCGCCAAAUGGAUUGACUGGUGCGCCUAGCAGCGGCGACAGUAGAGGUGCUGCGCUGCAGCUGCAGAACCGCACCUGUACGCCAGGUACAGGAAAUCUUACAGCGUACAACCUGUACGCCAACUCUCCCACCGCCACUAUCGGAGAAGCACCAGGGGUCGUCAAACCCAUGCAAGCCGCCGGCAGCGCCGAGAUUCCGCUGUCGGUGGCCGCGAACUUGCAUGACGUGGGCGGGAGCACCGUCAGCACGUUCACUCCGCCGCCGCCGCCGCAGCAGCAGCAGCAGCUCCUGCCGUCGCUUGCAGCCUCUUAUGCGCUUGCUCGUACGGCUGCCUCAUCCGCAGAUGUCAGCAGUGCCGCCUCGGGCACACUCACAGCGCAAGCCCCCAUCCGGUACAAGGACUUUGUGCCGCCUCACGCCCUCAUCACCGCCCCUCCCUCCGCAUCACGGACACCGGUGACAGCGAUGCGGGGAAACGGCGGUGUUAUUGCUAACAGCUCUGUCGAGGUGCAGGAGCACCGGCAGCCGAUCAACCGUGGCGGACGCCUCGCUCCGCCGUUAUACGGCAUCCCUGCAAGGGCAGGCUCAGGAACCACGAUCACUGGUACAUGUGGCCUGAGGCCAGACCGCCUGGCAGGUGCGUAUGGGAACCCCUACCUAGAGCGCGCCAGCGGUGGUGAGCCGGUGCCGCCGCCGCGCACGUCGUACGCCCCAGGUGGCGGGGUGCGCUACAACAGCCUCAUCGUGCCCUAUGUCGCGGCUCCGACAAAGUCGCAGACCGCAGCGAAGGGGCUUCCGGCUCAGUCUAGCAGCGCCUCUUCACCGCUGAUGCUGAGCGCAAGCGGCACCGGUGUCAGUGCCUUCGACGAGCGCAACACGGGUAGAGGACAAGGGUGGCACUCCGAGGUCACUGGAGCGGCCAGCAUCUCACAGGACUCAUACGCAUCCAUGUCUGCGUGUCAUACCGCAUGCCUCGAAGCUCCACGGCCUCUGCCGAGUGCUGCCCCAGUGGUAGCAACGGUGGUGCGAAGCACGUACGCGCCCCUUCGGCACGGAGACGUAGCGCACCCCACAGCAGCUUCACCUGCCGCGUCUAGCAUGACAAGGUCAUCUACCGCGACACUCUCACCGCCGUCCACUCCACGACAGCAGCAGCAGCAGCAACUGCCUUCAGCGGCCUACCCUGCUGCUUCGCUCAUAGCGAACAAUGGUCGUCUCAGCCUCACUGCGGUCAUUCAGGCGCCGCAUGGGGGCAAGCAAGGUGAGUGCAUGGUCUCCGAUGACAGCAAGCCGCGGGCGAACGUGUCGUCGUCUGCAACCGAUUCGGCGUUGAUGUCAGCGCACGCACCACCACCACCGCCUCCACUACGCAGUCUGGUGAGCCAGGUCAGUAGCGCAUACCUUCUUCGGGAGGCUGGCGGCUUGAACGGCGCUGGCGUAGCACCGUCUCGAGUGCGGUACACCAACGCUGGGAGCCCGAUCCCGUGGGACGCGUACAACGCGAACACAACCACGGUGAACGCUGCUGCUGCUGUUGCUGUGCUGGCGGGCUUGUCGCCCAAGGUCGAUGGGAGGGCCCCUACAGUCACCUGUACCGGGGCGGGUGACACGGGCGACAGCAAGAGUUGCACGACCACACGUACAAGCUGCAGUCACAUCUCCCUGCAAGAUGCCCGCGACACCGGCUAUCUGGGCCUCGUGAUAGAGUACCAUCCUAUGGGCGACCUCUGCCGGUACGCGCUGCGCGCCAAGCAGCAACUGGAGAUGCGGUGCCACCGUCAGCAGCAGUCCCAGCGGCGGACGCUGGGACGCAGCGGUGUCGUGAGCAUGGCCACUCCGCGAUCGACGGCCUCGCUAGUAACAGCAACGGUGGACACCAGGACGCGUACAACAGAGCGGAGCUCUACUCUGCAGCCGCAACCCACCGCUAGGAAUGCAACCGAGCGCGAUGACGGUGGCAUGGGGGCGAAUGCAGUGGAGCCGAUCUCACCGUUCUCCUGUCGCCCAUCAGUGCUCACACACGGCGGGACAGCAGCGGCAUCGUCCCUCCUCGCUGCGGCUGCAGCUGCCACAUGGACGGCGAAGGUGGCCAUGAGUCGAACGGACCUCCCCUUGGCGCUUUCGGCAGGAGUCGGCAGCGGCGGCACCAAUGGUAACGAGCACCUCGGCGACUUUGAUAACCAAUCAACAGCUGCUGUAGCAACCGAUCCCACGAGUGACAACCCCCUCACUGAGGCGCAGCUGCUCUCCAUCGCGUACCAGCUGGCCUCGGUGCUUGACCACAUGCAUCGGCAGAACCCGCCCAUUAUCCACCGUGAUUUGAAGCCCGAGAAUAUUCUGAUCAAAGGGGAGCUCAGCGACUACCUCGACGUGCCUCUCUCCGCGGCUUUGGCGAGCACCAGCAGUACGCCCUCCUCGCCUGUCCCGCUCACCAACGCCGGGGGAGCAUCGUCACAGUACGACACGGGUGAAUGCAGUGCCGUGUGCGUUGGUGGAAACAACGAUGGCUUGAAUAAGUCCUCCGUAUCUCCGCAGUCGCCGUCCUUCGCAUCCCUGGCAGCAGUCAUUGAGGACGCCGCCAACUCUUCAUGGUUGCUGCCACCGAUCCGAAUCACACGCGCGGUGGUGCCGAUCGCUCUAAUCGAUUUUGGCCUUGCAAUCAUGCAAGACACCCACAGCCGCCCACACAGUGGCCGGGGCGGUGGCACCCGUCCAUACAUCGCACCAGAGAGCUGGCAUGGUGGCACGUGCACAGCGAGUGACGUGUGGAGCCUCGGCUGUGUGCUGUACGCGCUCGCUACGUGCCGCCUCGUUGCCAAGGACGUACGGAUCAUGUCACAGGAAGCGAAGCAGGAUGGCUUUGCCUCGCGCAUGCUGAACGACAUCAUCGAAAAGAAGUACUCGCUGGCGUUUGCCAGCUUCGUCGUAUCGCUGCUUGUCGUCGACCCAGCAAAGCGACCGACGGCGGCGCAGGCGGCGCAGUGCUUCUGCAUCGUAGACAACGAAAUCCGCUUUGACCUCCGUAGUCCGUUCUUCAGCAACGUGCUCGACCUCUAA